UCUCAAUGAGGCAGUGUAGUUUAACUGCUGAGUCUUUUCAUGUUGUUAUAAAUCUAUGCCUGUGAUGAAUUAGAUAAUUCCACAUUACAUUUCAUAUAUAAUUAUAUUCGUAUAACUGUUCAAAAUGCAUAUUUUUCUUGAUAUUCAAGGAAGUGCUGAAUAAUGCUGAAUAAAACAUUCUCGACCAAUCUAGACCAUGAAUAACAAAGGCUGUUUAUUUGCGUACGAUCGCUCAACAUCUAUGACCUUUUAAAUGAGGAUUUAACUUGCUGCCAAUUCUGCAACUUAAUGAGGACCCUUGACCUUAAUACACCACAAACAAGACCAGAGUUUCAAAAUCCAACUGCACAGCAAAGUGAUUAGAGAAAGCUCCUUUAUUUCUGUCAAAAUCAAACUGAAACGUUGACCAAUAUCUAAUCUGACUAACCACACUGGCCCCUCCCAAUUCCAACAUCAAUAAAAUGCUCAGGUGUCUGGUGCUUUGCUGCAGACUGCCAUCAUGUUUCUCUACCAACUGCUCAACUUUUUCUUCGCAGCUUCCAAAAAGGAGGACGACUCGAAAUAUGACCUGUCCCUUUACAAGCGUGGUGAUCUAUUAGAAGUCCCCAGAACAUUAUUCACCCAUUUUGGUAUCUACUUGGGUGACAACCGUGUGGCUCAUCUCAUACCGGACAUCCUGCCUGUGAUUACCAAGAACAAAUCCGCAAUUGCCAAGAUGGUAACCAACAACCGCUUGCUGCUGGGGGUUAUCACUAAAGUUGCCAGUGUCAGAGUGGACUCUGUGGUGGAUUUUGCGUAUGGCUCAGAGAUUCUAAUCAACCACAUGGACAAAGUGUGCAGCCAGCCUCCAUUGGAUGGGGAUGAAGUGGCUCGAAGGGCUGAGAAACUCCUGGGCUCUGUCACCUACAGUUUACUGUGGUACAACUGUGAACACUACGUCAUGUACUGCAGAUACGGCAUGGCUAUCAGCUACCAGACAUACCAGUUCUGCACAACAGUGAGGAAGAUCAUCUGCAGCAGGAUGAGUGCCUAUUUGACUGCGCUGUGUGGUGCAGGAAUCAUGUUGUAUCUGGGCUGUGUGACGCCGCUGACUCUUUUACCAACCCUGCUCAUCUCAUUCACCAUCUGGAUGGCAGCCUAAAGGCCUCACAAGUAAAGACUCUUAACUUAACAAAUUGGUGGAUGCUGAAAUGAAAGUCCUGUAUUUUAGCUGUGCGGCUAAAGGCACUGGGAAACAAAUGUGUUCACAAUAAUAAAAUGUCAUUAUUUUAUACUUUA